UAAUGGGGCUGGCGGAGCUGACCGAGUUCGAGGGGGCGAGGACGUGACUCGGACGCAGUGGUAUGUGCUCCACGGGUCGGGCGCGGAGAGAUGAGAUCCAGGCGAGCGAUGGCGCGAAGGACUCGGCGAGCUACCUGGUAACUUCGUGUGUAGGAUAUUGUGCCGCGAUUUAUUAUUUUUUUCUCUCUCCCUCUCUCGUUUAUCGCCCGGCGGAUUGGUUGAUUGUGUGAUUUUUAGCUUGGGGGUAUGAGGAUUGGUAGCGGUUGGAGUUUGGGUUGUAGGGUAAUGAGAGUUCGAGAAACUUGUUGGAGGAAUAAUCAUGGAGUGGCAACUGACCUGAGCCAAGUCUGGGAGCCUCUUGCGCGUGCGUGCUCAGUAUCUCUCUGGUUUCGGAAGUGGAAACGCGUGUCUCUUUCGUCGUGUGUGCAGUGUUUACCCGCAGAUUGUUUAUGUGAAAUUUACCCACAGAAAAAAAGAAAGGAGAAAAUUGAUAAACUGUCCGCGUUUAAGAGUGAUGUAAAAGUGCCGAUAGGAAGCCAGCGUGAAGCAAGCGUGAAGCAAGCGUGUGCAAUAAAGAGUGAAACAAGGUCGGCAGUGGCCAGGCAGUGCGCGGUGCCCUUCUUCCCCGCUCGGCUCGGAAUCAAGGACGUGGCUGGUCAGAAGCGCCGUGAGUUGCGGACUCCUGUCGCGCUCUCUCCCGCCCGGUCGCUCGUUCCUUUUUGCCGUUAUUCGGGCGUCAAUUUUUGGGCGUGUCCUCCUCGGGGAUUGGCGUCCUUCGGAAGGAAAAGAGGGACCUACUGGAGUCCUUCCCCCCUCCCCCCGGUCGAGCGAGAGGUCUUGGAAGGCAAGGAAGUCGAGGACGGAAGAAGAGAGAAAGAUCAUUGACGAGAGAGAGAGAGAACAGCGUGGAAACGAGCUUGCGUUAUCCACGUUCUAUUGGAUUGGCUCGUUGUGUCUCUCUCGCUUUCUCUCUCUUUCCCUCCCGCUUUUUGAUUUGGUCCCCGACGCUCCGAUCGGACCGCGGAGGGCGUGGUCCGCGUGGAUUCCUCUUUUACCAACCGCCGCCCGAACGAGACCCAGGGACCCAACAGUAACACGCUCGAGGACGUCUACUUAGCGGUCCUCCACCAGCUGCAUGUGUUAGUGAUGGUGUGGCAAGGGCUGAGGGCUCCGGGCGGGGAGGGACAUGAGGUCUUCGGUGAGUGUCAUCCUCUCCAAUCCUCCGCCCGACACCACGAUGAGUUACCCAGACUACUGCACCAACCCGCACCACCACCAGACCCUGCUGGUGCUGGUCAGGCAAGUCGGGUCCCAGUUGAAGAGCCGUUCUUUCCAAAAACUCUACGAGCGCAUUAGCCGUGUUGGCCACGUUAAGGUCAGUGACUCAAAUGGGUCUCAGCGACCUGUGUGGGUCACUUACCGAAGGGAAUACCCAGUCGAGAACAAUGACUGGGGAGAUUUCCAGACACACCGUAGAGUUCUUGGCAUCAUCACAAUAGGUCAAGUUGGAAGUCAGAGUGACCUUAAUGAUAUCUGCAAGCAACAUGAGAGUCUCAAAGUCAAAUACUCGUCAACUCUCUAUGAUUCUCGCUGUAUCAUCCUGGGCCUUAACCCUGAUGGUACCAUAUACGAAGCAGACUCACGCAACCCUUCAAGGGGCACUUCCCCAGAGCCUAAUGGGGGCAUUGAUGGAGGGUCCCACCCGCCAACCAUCAAUGGCCAUGCACAGUCUACACACAUCAAGAAAAUCUCUGCUGGAAGCACGGACAGGGAUAGUGGGGUGUACGAGACAGUCAGCGGUGAAGACAAACCCACUGAUUCUGAUAGUCACUCUGAGAGUCCUCAGGGGUUGUCUGAAGGUAUAAUGGACCUUAAGAUAGACACAAACCAUGUUAAUGGGUCAGACUCAGGAAGUGAAAGUACAAGUGAAGUUGGUUGUUGCGAUGACAGUAAAAUGGAUUCCCCAAGGGACUCUGCUGUUGACUCAGCCCCUGACUCGGCCCACGAUACCAGUCAGUCAUCCAUUAGCACAUCAGCAUCCCAGUCAUCGAGACUGUCUCUCCAACCGCCAUCAAACUUCAAGACUCGUGCUCUCUUUUAUCCAACCAGUGAACAUGCUGUGAACAUAGAAAGUCAGCUGCAAGAGUUUGUCAGCUCGCUCUUCUGGGUGCUGGAGUCCAAGCGCCUAGACAAGAGUCAGGAGAAGCUAGAACGUCCACCUCUGCUCUGUGCUCCCUUUGAACGCAAGGAUUUCAUUGGCUUGGACAUGGACUCAAGGACUAACAAAAAACGUUGUGUGGGUCGCUUAAGAAAACAGCUUGCAGACCUGACAUUGCAAGCAGGGUUACCAACCGAAGCAAUUGUACACUACAGUCACGCUGCUGACACAUUGCGUAAUUGUAAUGAUUGGCUCUGGUUGGCUGCUUGCUUUGAAGGCUUAUGUGCGGCAUCUGUCGUCAUGCUGUACCCUAAUCUGCGCAGGAGCUUUGGCCUCCAGCGCUAUUCUAGCCUAGGGGUUGGGGGGAACCAGGGAGGCUCGGGUGGGAUAGGAAACAGAAGUCGAAAUGGUGCUGUCAACACGAACUCCUUGCCCACUGGUUUGGAUCCUACAAUAAUAAAACAGACCAGCAAACACUGUCUCUCUCCUGAUGACAUCAUUGACAAGUACCGUGAAGCCAUCGUCCAUUAUAGCAAGUACCGUAAUGCAGGGGUAGUUGAAACAGAAGCAAGCAUCAAAGCUGUACAUGUCCUGAUUGAACAGAAGAGAUACCUGAUGGCCGCAGAAUUUCUCUCCAAUGUGGUCUUCAUCAACUUGCAACUCUCUGAUGAGGAAAAGAUUGCGCGAUUCAAUGCCCUGGCAGAUUUGUACCACCAAAUAGGAUUCCAUCGAAAAGCUUCCUUCUUUAGGCGUGUGGCUGCCAUGAGAUGUGUUGCUCCACAGAACCAGCAGCCAGAUUGGGGUCAGUGCUAUCGCUUGCUACUGCAGACUCUGGAGGGCUACAAGAUCUCGUUGGAUGCUCUGGAAUUCCGUAAAGAUGGUAGUCAGGGAUGGCCAGCACUACAGAUUCAGAUCCUACAGGAGUUAGUAGGCACAUCCCGUCGCAUGGGACAAAAUGCUCUGUGUACACGUCAUCAGGCAUUCUUGGUUUGUGCUAUGCUGCCACACUUGAGUGAGUCUGAACGCAAGGAGACGGCCAACAUGCUUGAGUCCCUGAGUGCACGGAGUGGGAGUGGGCCAGCCCCUCUGGUGGUGCAGGACACGGGGGUCAUCAUCCCAGCUGUCAACUUCCUCAACAUACCUGUUUGCAGAACUGUUCGUGUCCAGCCACCAGCACUGGGCAGGAAAGCAGAAAAGAAGCUCUCUCAAGAGGCUGAAGAGGAUACAGGACCUUUCAUCUUUUCACCCUUCAGUUCCUUGACCAGCAAUACCCAGCGUGCACAAGGCAAAAUGGAUUUCGACUGGGUGGAAGGAGAUGUGUGUGAAGUCAUCAUGGAUUUGGAAAACCCCAUGCCUUUUGAACUCAAAGUUACAAGCAUGAUGCUGAUAACUGAAGGAGCUCAAUUCGAGUCUUGGACUUCGACUGUGGUGCUGAAGGCUGAGAGAGGACCCCAGCCUGUAACACUGCGAGGACGACCUCAGGGUGCAGGCGAAUUGAAGAUAACAGGAUACUCAUCUACAGUGAUGGGUGUUAGCAGCAACUGUAGGCUGAAAUUUAUACCACACAUGAAGAUCCCUUUCUACACCAUCAAUGUUGUCUCAGCCUUGCCUUUUAUACAGAUAUUGACAGCAAAUAGUAGCACUGGAAAUCUUGGGAGUGAAAGAGCAGUCAGCGAAGAGAGUGGGAACCUGCAUUUGUCUUUAUCGGCUGGAGAAACUCAGGAGUGUUCUGUGGUGCUGCACAACAUCUCUUCACAACCAGUGGAGGAGAUUAGCAUUGCUCUUGAGUCCAAGAUGGACAAGACUUUGCUCUCCCAGGUGUUCCAGUACAGUGAAGAGAACAUCCAAGCCCAGCUGCCCAUCCAGCCAGGUGGUAAAGCAUCAGUGACAUUGUAUGUGUAUGCGUCAUCUGAUUUCCUCUGUCCCAGCCGCAUGAUGGAUGAAUCCCUCGAGACCAGCAGUUUGGUGUCUGGUAGUGAGCCUCCAUCCCUUGUGUCCGGUGGGCCCUCAUCACUGCCUUCCAGACAGUCAGUGGUAACUUCCAGCACUCGUGGGGCUCGCACUAGGCGGACCGAUUCCUCAGCAUCGCUGUUAUCAUCGAGAUCAGGGUCAAGCGUUAGAUCCGGGUCAUCCUCAUCUACCCAGGCACCUUCAUCCACUGCCAGAACAAGAACCACUCUUAACACAUCUGCUUGCACUGGAAGGACUUUAGAAACUACCAUGCAAGUCAAAUACUCAGGUGGAUCAGGACUACUUGCUGAAUACUGCCGCAGCACACAAGUCACAGUCACGGUGGAUGUAACCCCCUCUCUGUUGGUCACAAGAUGGGAUGUCCUGCCAGCCGAAUUACCCCACCAGUGUUAUGUUGUACUUGACCUGCUCAACUGUGCCACUCAUGAGAUGGACCUGCAUUAUACUCCUACCAAACAUAUACUGAUUGAGGCUGGAGACUCUUGCAGGGUACCCAUUCCUAUUGAUCGCUGCCCUCUGGCCACUCUUACACAGAAUGGCAGUGACAAUGAGAGUGGGUGGGGUUGGUCAUCAGUGUUGGGUAACCAUGUAGCCUCCUUGGUGGAGCUACGUUGGACUCAAGGCCCUUGUGACACUCCAGGCCGAGCGGCUCUCACUGGCAUCACUUUCCCGCCUGCUACACAUGACCUCAUUACCAUGGCACCUAUACAUUGGGAUGUCCAAGUGGAUGGCCAGGAUGUUGUAGGUGGAACAGAAAACACUGGAAUGGUAGGAAGAACAUUGGAACUUAGCGUGGGAGUUACAAACACAAGUGGCGCUCCUCUUCCUCCUCUGAGCCUUAGAUUAACAGCUUUUCAAGACCACCAAAAUGGCACGUUGAACUACCGCCUCGAUGCCAAGAUGACUACUACGGGAGCGACUAAGCUUACUACGCCACAGCUGGCAGAAGGAGAAGAGUUCCGGCAUUGUUGUGGGCUUGUGUUCUUCACAGCAGGAGUCUACAAAGUUGAGGUGACUUGCUCUCCAGCGGCAGCCGUGACCCAGACUUCCUUUUAUGAAAACAUUACCCCAGCGCACCAGCAUGCAUGGAAGUUUGCCCCACCACUUGAAAUAACUGUAACUGAUGCCUGAGUUUCACAUAUUGAAUAGAAGACAUAUUCAAUUUGUAGAGGUUGCCUUGUCCCAUUAAUACAUGAAAGAAAAAGUGAAAGAAAGUAUACAUUGCAUACAGCAUAGAAUACCUCCUUACUUUGAACUUAGAAGACUACCAUGACAGACUGUAAGUGCCACAGAGAUUCACCUAAAAGAUUUGUACAUAGAUACAGACUGGUGUUUCUUUGUGAACUCUCGCUUUGGGAAGGCUUGUGAACUAAGCUGUUAAUACACUAGCCAUGUAAGUACAUUGUUAUGUUACAAUAUUUGCUGUAAAUAAUUAUUUGGAAAUAGUUUUUUUUUUUCCCCCAUACUGCAGAUAUGAAAAGAAUGACAGUAUUUUCAUGAUCACAAUUAUCAGUAUUAUGGUAGUUGUCUUCCCUAAGGAGAGAAGAAAUUAUGGUAUCUUUUAUGAUACCCUGAAGAAGUUCAUGUUGAACAUGGUAAUGGAGAAGAAAAAAUAACUCAUUGUGGAAGAAUGGUUCAGGUUUCUUUGCUGGUUUAGUGAUUUAUCCAACAUCAGUGACUAUUAGUUCUCGAAAUUACUCAUCAUUUCUUUAGGCUUAUAUUUUGUAUACUACAGGUACUUGAGGAAUGGUUGUAAAUAUAUGACAUUUCAUUGAUUUGGAAAUGUGCCAGCUAGUUCUCUUGAUGGUUAUUUGAAAUUAGUUGAUUGUAAAUUGUGAUUGAAGCAGUUGAUUAGGCUGUUAUGUAAUAGCAAUAUUGUUACUCAGACUGGUUGCUUCCUGAAAUGUGUUUAUGAUUAAGUGAAGAAUUACAACCAUGCAGAGACUAUAAUCUUCUAAAACCUUCAUGAUCAAGGUUUGUGUACAUUCUUAGCAAAUGUGGAAACGGAGACCGACCAUUAGGCUGUACAUUGGUUACUGUUUAAAUUAAUUUAUAUAAAGCUGAUAAACUGCAUUAUUACAACCAAAGUACCAUAGAGUGAUAUGUAUAUUAAGCACAUAUUAUAUAGAUGUAAAGAUACUUCCUAUUCAUAUGACAUGUACAACAGCACAACAUUUGUGCAUUUGAACCUUGUGAUAUGUAAAAUUGAGUGUAUGAUACUGUAAAGAUUAUUGUAUAAUUACCUAUAGCUGUAAAUUAAUCUUGUGUGCUUUACAUUGCAAUAAUUUAUAUGCAUCAAAGAUGUUAAGUCUAGAUUAAAAAGAUAGUUCUAUAAUAAGUGAUGUAAAAACCCUUGUCCCCUUCCUUCAUAAGACAGAACGUAAAAGUGAUGCAGUAGGACCUGCCAAGGAUAGCUUAGCCGUGUCUUCAAGUCAUCGCCAGAGGCAACUCUCUAUUAAACAUCUGCUUCUCUUUCGUAGGUAGUAACAAUAUCCUGAAGAUUUUUUUUUUUUUUCUUCUUCUUCUUCUUUCUUUAUUUCUUUUUCUUUUUAGUUACUAUAUUGUGGGUGUGAUUUGUUUCAUAUGAGAAGAUAUCAUUUUUGCCUGCUAAAGACAUCUUACUCUUUUCAUACUUGGGGUCCCAAGGUGGAUUCAUUUACUGCUGCAUCAUGUUGCAUUGUAAAGUUCAAAGAUAUGUACAGUACAGUGAAAUAUUAGCUCAUAGUAAUUGUUACUGGAAAGUUAUAAGUUUGUAACCAAUUAUUUUUUGUCUUUAAUGCUGAACACUGUAGGCUAUGAUAUUGUAAAAAAAAAAAAAAAACAGGUUUGCUAUUCAUAUUCUUGGUUUGGUUAAUGUGAAAAGUCCCCUCAUGUAAAAUGUAAAGAAUGAAACAAGCUUUGUUAUAGAGUGAGGCCUUUAAAUAUACUCAAGAAGCAAUACUUCCUUUUUUGAAAAAUAAUAGUAAUAAUAAUCAUUGUCAUGGUUACUGGUUUCUGAUUCAGUAUUAGAUCAAGUGCUGUAAGAGUUAUCACAUUCUUGCUCACUUUGUUGUGCCUUUAAACCAGUGUAAACAAGUUUUUACAGACGUUACCUACAUCAGUGCCCGGUUGUCCUUCAUUUCAGAAAUGCCAUUUAACGUGUACAGUGCUGUCCUAAAUGCUAUUUCAAGACAAUUAUGUGUGUAAAGACCUUUGCUUCAUGAAAUUCACUCUUUGUGAUGGUUCUUUUCGCUUUCAUAUCAAAAGCUGAUGCCAAUAUCCUAUUUGUUUGGUUGCUGUAACAGGUAAACGCAUAAUUAUUGUUGACUUAACUCAAAAUAUGUAUUUAAAAUACUGAGUCAGGUAAUACCAGAUUUUUUUUUAUGUUGUUCAUCUUAAAUCUUGUAAAAAGAAAUGAUACAGUUGUUUAAAAAGGUAAAUUUGAUAACUUUAUUUUAACAAAUUCAAAAAAGCACAAAAAGAGAUAAGAAAACUCUCACACUCACACACACACACACACACACACACACACACACACACACACACACACACACACACACACACACACACACACACACACACACAC